AUGCCGCGGCAGAAUGCGAAGCCCCAGAACGGCGUGAAGUUGCCGUUUGCAUUACGGAAAGAGCUCGGUCUAGAAUCGAAGCGACCAGGUGUUCGAAGACAGUAUGGAACAGUGAAGAAUAGGAAGGAGGAGCGCAAGACAAAGAGGCAAGAGAAAAGACAAAAUAAAAGGGGCUCAAAAUUUCGGAACAUUCUCGAUGUUGAUGAAGAUGGAUCUACGGAGGAAGAGCUCGAAGAAGACGACAAGGGCGAAAACCCUUCUCGUCCCCGGCUUGCAGAAAGGAGUGCGGCGAAGAUGGAUGUCAGAACAGGCGAACCAAAACCGAAAUCAAUACUGAAGAGGCCGAGGCAUCCAUCAACGUCGUUGUCCGAGACGUCGUCUCUGCCCAGUUCUCGUCCAACCUCCCCAGGUCUCGUUCUGGACGCCAAUUCGCGUGCAUACAAAGAGCGUGCUGCGCAGGAUGAUGCCGAAAUUAGCACCCUCGAGAAAAAGCUUGGAUUGAAGAAAAACAAAUUGUCCAAACCUUUUGCGGAUGACGGGUUGGAUGAUUUACUGGACGGUCUCCAAGAGCAGGACCGGGGAACGAAACGAAAGAACGAGGGCAAAGAGUGGUUAGAGAGGAAGAGAAGGAAGGUCUCUAUUGGGAAUGAAGAAGGCGACGAAGAGGAUGCGUUCGAUCUAGAUGAAGAGAGCGUCGGAGAAGACCUUGAUAGUCUGAACGACGAGGAGGCCGAUAGUGAAGACGAUUUAUCCGAGGUGGAUCGAGAAGACGGCCUCGACGAAGAAAACAGUGCCGAUGACGACUUCGGACCGGACGACGGAGAUGACUUCGAGGGCUUUGAGACUGAAGAAGAAGCUUCACCGGCUCAACCCAGGAGAGUGCGAGAGAAUCCCUAUAUCGCUCCGGUAUCUUCAGAAACACCUCCGGCAAAGUACAUCCCUCCGUCAUUGAGAAAAGCGCCGAAUUCGGAAGCGCCAUCAUUGGGGAAAUUGAAACGACAAAUACAAGGCCACUUAAACAAACUGUCUGAAGCCAACCUAGUCUCAAUUUUGGGCGAGAUCGAAAAGAUCUACCAAUCGAACCCUAGACAAGAUGUUACUUCCGUGCUCAUCGAUCUGCUCCUGACGCUCUUCUCAAACAAAUCAACACUCCAGAAUACAUUUGUCAUUCUCCACGCGGCGUUCACGGCUGCAGUCUACAAAGUUGUCGGCGUUGACUUUGGGGCAGAAGCACUUUCGCAACUCGUUGAUCGCUUUGAGCAAUAUCACCACGACACUUCUACUGGAAAAGAAGCACUGAAUUUGAUCAGCCUCCUGUCCCAUUUCUUUACGUUCCACAUCGUUGGCAGCGUCAUCAUCUUCGACCAUAUCCGCCUCUUGCUGGCGAAACUGAGCGAAAACAACACAGAACUAUUACUUCGACUGGUUCGAGAUUGUGGUCCUCAGCUCAGACAAGACGAUCCAUCUUCACUCAAAGCUGUUGUACAAUUGAUGCAAAAGGAAGUAGCGCACAUGAACUCCGCAGGAGAGCAGAUGAGUGUCCGGACCAAAUUCAUGAUUGAGACGAUCACGGAUUUGAAAAACAAUAAAAUGAGAGCCGCCACGAGUAACACCGGAGUCUCCAGCGAGCACAUCACACGCAUGAGAAAAGUACUCGGGUCAUUGAAUAGUCGCAACCUCAAAGCCUCCGAGCCAUUAAGAAUAAGUCUUGACGACAUCAAAAGUAGCGACCAAAAGGGGAGGUGGUGGCUUGUGGGAGCCAGAUGGAAAGGGAACGAGCCAACAACGACAACAACGGCGGCGGCGGAUGAAUUUAUUAAUACAUCCGCUCGAAAUGCCCCACUGCUCGACGAUGAUGCGGAUUCGAUCGAUCUCCUUGCCCUCGCUCGACAAUAUGGCAUGAACACCGACGUGAGACGGUCAAUCUUUGUCGCACUCCUAUCGGCUGUCGACUAUCAAGAUGCGUACAUGAGAGUGCUCAAGCUCCGUCUCAAGCGAUCUCAGGAGCAAGAGAUUCCCAAAGUCCUUCUCCGUUGUGCCGCCGGGGAGAAGCCAUAUAAUCACUACUAUACACUUGUGGCGAAGAAACUUUGCCUCGACAAGAGAAUGCGCAAAGCCUUCCAAUUCGCGCUAUGGGGCUUCUUCCGGCGAUUGGGCGAGAAUCCAGAUCUGGAGGACGAAUACGAUGAGCAAGACGAGCAGAAUGUGGUGGAAAUCAGCGAAAUCGCCAAUCUAGCACGGUUGUUUGCGCAUCUGAUUCUCGACGGAGCAGAAACGGUUGGCGUGCUAAAAGUCCUGGAUCUGGCUUAUGUCAAAGAGCGAACGAUGAUGUUUGUCGAGUUGUUGUUCAUCAUGGUCAUGACGGAGGCGAAGGAUAAAGAAAAUUCAUUGGCCCGAGUGUUUGAGCGCGUGGUCGAGACGCCGCAGAUUCUCAAGAGAUUGCAGUUCUUCAUCAAGAAAAAUGUGUGGAAGUCGGAUUUGGUGGCUAAAGCUGACAGAGAAGUGGUCAAGCGAGGCUGUAAGGUUGCGUUGGAGACUCUGGGUCGUUUGAACAUGGGGACUUCUGCGCUCGAUGACUGA